GGCAAUGACCCUGUAUUGGCAGCGGCUGAUGAUCAUGUUCAAGACUGCAGAAAUAUCCUGUAUCUCGCAGACUAAUAACAACCUUUUUCCAACUACAACCAAGCUCACUGCCCCAACUCACGGCUACCAGAUAAUACCGUCACCAUGGCUGAGGAGGAAUUCGAGAUCGAUAUCUACGGCGACGCGCCUCAGGAUCACCAAGACGGAAACGCCGAGAACUAUGAUGGAGCCAACGGCCAUGCCGACAACCACCAGGAGCAGCACGAUCAGCACGAGCACCACGAAGAUCAGCAGAAGCACGAGCAGCAGGAAGAAUAUCACGAUCAGCAAGAGGCGUCUGCUUCUCAACAAGGCGUCAAGAGAAAGGGCGACGACCGACCGAUCGACCCUGGCGCAACCACAGCCCUGAUGGUCUCGGAUCUCAACUGGUGGAACACGGACGAUGACAUCAGGGGAUACGCCAGAGCAGGUCAUUGCGAGGAUGAGCUCAAGGAUAUAACUUUCAGUGAACACAAGGUUAACGGAAAGAGCAAGGGACAAGCCUACAUUGAGUUCACAACGCAGCAAGCUGCCACAGCCGCCAAGCACGCUUUCGAGUCGACAGACAGCGCCCAAGGCGUACCGAAGAAAUACCAAGUCACUUACUCGAACCCCCAUGUCAACCCGUUCCGCACGCUGCCUAAGGAUGCACCGAACCGUGCAGGUAAAGACCAGGGCAGCCGAUCUGGUGGAAACUACAACAACAACCAAGGCUCCUCGAUGGGUGGCGGCGACUUCCGUGGAAACGGCGGCUACCGCGGUCGUGGAGGCUUCAAUGGUCAACGUGGCGGCAUGAACCAGGGCGGGUUCAACCGCAACUUCUCGGGUGGUAUGGGAGGCGGCUUCAACAAUAACAAUAUGGGAGGCGGCGGCUUCAACAACGGCAUGAGCGGCGGCAAUUUCGGCGGCGGCGGUUUCCAGCGGGGCGGCGGCUUCGGUGGUGGCAUGCGCGGUGGCCCCGGUAUGCGUGGUGGGCGAGGCGGUAUGCACAACCCGAUGGGCGGUAUGAACAUGGGCCCGAUGGGAGGCAUGCCCAACAUGGGUAUGCCUAACAUGGGCAUGAUGGGUGGUGGAAUGCCUGGAUUCCAAGGCAUGCCACAACAGUUCAAUCCUGCCUUCUUCGGCGGCAACCAGGGUGGUGGUAACGAUUGGGGCAACCCUCACGGUGCCAAGCGACCUCGACCCGAGUAGGACUACCGGCCAAGACAGUUUGCGCGAUCUUGAGGUAAUGGCAGUGGCCGGGUCGGCUAGCCGUGGAACGAUGCAGUGGUCACCGCGUCGUAGAGCAUCCGGCCACAAACCCUACCCGCGAUAAGUCAGGAUUCAUUACUGCAACCAAGACCCUCUCAUCGACGAGAUCUUUUUGCGUUUCUCAGGAAGGGUCAGUCAAUCAAGGUCUCCUGUCUUCAGAUAAGUGGCGGGU